CGGGGAAAUAUAAAUGUCAAACUUCGUUCGCGCAUGACUCGUGCCGACGUUUGGUCUCGUCGUGUCCCUUUUCAGUCCAGCUUUCGCACACGGUUUCUUUCCAUCAUUGACUGUGAUUAGCAAAGCGACGCCUUUUAGUAGCGCACGUCGUAGUUCCAUCUUCGCCGCAAGAACCUUCAGCUUGCAGCGUCCGGAAGCCAUUGCUUACCCGCACAGGUACCUGGCAACAGAGCGAAGGAAUUUAACGGUUCUCCAGCAGCAGCAGUACUAUUCGACCGCAUCAUUUACAGUCGACAAGGAGAACAACGAAGAAUUCAUUGAAAUGGCUCCGAGAUUCGAACGUGACGACUACAAGAAGGACUCGUACCGUGGCGUGAAGCGCACGGGAACGGAAUUCAAACGUCCAUCCGGCCGAGAUGGCCGCGAUGGUGGUGGAUUCCGUGGAGGUGCCGGUGGAAGUCGCUUUGGCGGCUCAUCCGGCGGUGGCCGCGACAAGUGGACCAUGGAGUCCAAGCCUCUCCAAAAAAUCAACUGGAGCAAAAUGCAACUAUCUCCAUUCAAGAAGGACUUUUACCGGGAACAUCCGGCAAUCAAAAACCGCUCUCAACGUGACGUUGAACGGUUUUUGGAAAAACACGACAUUACACUGAUUGGAAAUUGUCCCAAGCCAAUUACUGAAUUUGAUGAAAUUGACAUGCCGGACUACGUAUUGAAUGAAAUCGAAAAGCAAGGCUUCCAAAGGCCUACUCCAAUUCAGGCUCAAGGGUGGCCAAUCGCCCUUAGUGGUUUGAACAUGGUCGGCGUAGCCAAGACCGGCUCCGGCAAAACUCUUGGAUAUAUGCUACCAGCAAUUGUGCACAUCAACCACCAGAAGCCGGACCCCAGUGUCCGUGGUCCACUGGUGCUUGUUCUUGCCCCAACCCGCGAGUUGGCACAGCAGAUUCAACAAGUUGCAACAGAUUUUGGAUCAUCGUCGUACAUUCGUAACACUUGCCUGUUCGGAGGUUCCAGCAAGGGCCCUCAGGCUAGCGAUUUGCGCCGAGGAGUUGAGAUUGUCAUUGCAACUCCCGGUCGUUUGAUUGAUUUCCUGGAAACUGGUACGACCACUCUACAGCGCGUUACCUACUUGGUUCUGGAUGAAGCCGAUCGUAUGUUGGACAUGGGCUUCGAACCCCAGAUUCGCAAGAUUUUGGAGCAAGUGCGCCCCGAUCGUCAAAUUUUGAUGUGGAGUGCCACGUGGCCAAAGGAAGUGCAGCGCUUGGCGCGUGAUUUCCUCGGAGAUUACGUCCAAAUCAAUGUUGGAUCACUGGAGUUGUCCGCUAAUCACAAUAUUACUCAGUACGUGAAAGUUAUUGAGGAACACGAGAAGAAUGAACAGCUUGGUAAGCUAUUGGACAAUCUUUCUGCCCGGGGUCCAGCCGGCAAGAUUCUGAUCUUCAGCACUACCAAGCGUAAGUGCGAUCAGAUUACCAGCUAUCUGCGCCGUUACGGUCAGGACGCCGUCGGAAUGCAUGGUGACAAGAGCCAGCAAGAGCGCGAGAGAGCACUGAACCGCUUCCGCAACUCAAACAGCUGCAUCUUGGUCGCUACCGAUGUUGCUGCUCGUGGUCUAGAUGUUGAUGGCAUCAAGGUGGUCAUCAAUUACGACUACCCGCAGCAGACGGAGGAUUACGUGCACCGUAUCGGUCGUACAGGUCGCUCGAACGCCACCGGAGAAGCGUACACCUUCUUCACGUCGAAUGAGCGCAAGAUGGCCAAGGAAUUGGUGGCCAUCCUUGAGGAAGCCAAACAGGACGUCCCACCAGAGUUGCUGAAGUGGCGCCACAUGGGCGGCGGUGGCAUCAACCGUUAUGGCAGCGGUGGUGGCAACCGAUUUGGCACAUUCAAGGGAGGACGUGGUGGUGAUUUCGGACGCGGAGGUGGCGACCGAUAUGGAGGUGGAGACCGAGGCGCAAAGCGAUCGUAUGGAGGCAGUUCCAGCUACGGAGGCUCGACGUCUAAUGGCUACAGUGGUAGCUCGAAUGGCUAUGGAAAUAGUUCAAGCAGCUAUCGCAACGGUACUAGUGGAGGCAGUAGUAAUACGAAGCACAUAAAGUUUGACGACUAAACACGUCGUUCUGUACUACUUUGUCUCAUCUCUAGUAGGAUUAGUCUUAGCUCGUCGUCUUAUCUCUAAUCUUAAUGAUAACCUAUUUAAUUUAAACAACAAUCGUAAAAAAGUAUUGUUUUAGUUGAUCCACGUGCGCGAGAAAUGGACCAAUUACGUUUGUCAUUUAGAUAGUGAUAGUGAUAGUGAAUUUCUACCCUCCGAAGUUGAACGAAAACCAUUCAUUUGUAAACGAUCGCGCACCGAUGGAACUCGGGAAGAAGAUGAAAAUACUUACAAAUCUUAAUUGCUGUGAUAGAGCGUCAGUCGAGUAUCACGUUUAUAUCAAUCGGUUUGAUUUAGUUUGAAGUUUUAAUUUGAAAAGGCAAUCAUUUACCAAAUCUGGAAAUUAGGUACACAAAUGAAACAAUAAACCCAGGAACUGUAAGUUGAAGGCUUUUGUUCGGAUUGAACCGUUCAACACAAGGGCGGUGACAUUCCAGUGUAUUAAUUAGCAAACCAUGUGGUUCCUCGAUGGAAAAUAAAACAAAGAGAAAUAAAAUCAGUUCACUUUACAAUAAA